CAAUUUUCUGAACUUACCGCCAGUUCUCGUUUUUUAUUUGACAACCAAAGAAGCUGCUCCUUAAACCUUCGCAGAGGAUCAGACAGCGCUUCACCUCAGUGUACAUAUAAUGUGACGUCACAACGACGCCGCAUAUAAGCCCGUACUGUGGAGUUGCGCGUCACAACUACCGGUCACUCGCAACACACAACAUGCUGCGAUACGCCUGUUUCCUAUCUGUGAUACUAGCCGUAAGAUCCGCUUCGGCCCCUUUUAUCAAGCCGUGUAAGGACGCAGACAAUGCCUGCACCCUUGCGUCGGCGCAGGCGGCGUUACCGCAUUUCGCGCCAGGAAUCCCUGAGCUAGGAGUGAAGUCCUUGGACCCAUUGUAUUUCGACGUCAUCAAGGGCGACCAGGGAGGUCUCCAACUGACAUUCAGAGACACAACAGUGACCGGCAUGAAAGGAUGCACGAUUGAGGCUAUCAAAUCGGAUCAGAGCAAAGGUAAGCAGCAGUUAGCCGUGAAGUGCUCGGUGGACCUGACCGGAGACUACAAGCUGGACGGACAGCUGCUCAUCUUCCCUAUCAAGGGUGAAGGGAAAUACCACAUCAACAUCCGCGACAUCAUAAUUAAGGCACACACGGAUGUAGUUACGGUAACAGGAGCAGACGGCCAGCCACACUGGCACAUCAAGGCAUGGAAACACACGUACGAGACCAAGACUGGCGCUAAAUUUAACUUUGACAAUCUUUUCAACGGCAAUAAGGUUCUAGCUCAACCUGUGGAAGAAUUUGUGAACAAUAAUUGGCAAGAGGUGAUGAAAGAAGUCGCGCCGCCAAUCGUCCACGCCAUCGUAUCCAGGGUGGUGGAAGCGGUGGAAGCGUUCUACAAGGCGAUACCAGCUGACCAACUGUAUAUUCAAUAAGUGCAAUGUGAUAUAAUAUGAGGGUAGAUAUUAUUAAAAUGUGGUUUCGUUUUGUUCA